UCCUCCCUAUUUGACUCUUUGACCCCGUUUUCCACUCGCGUUGCCGGCCGUUCCACGUGGCCGGUCAGCACAUUCCCUAACGCGGGACCCACCACGAGAGGCCCACAGGUCAGGCCCCGGCACGAGGAAAACCCCGGCCCCGCGCGCCAUGGCCGAAAUCCUCACGUGCUUUUCCCGCCAUCAACAACCAGCCCCGCACGCAAGAUCGCGCGCCGAACUCCCCCGCGCGCCAUAAAUACAAAUCUUCCAUCCCCUCCCACACCACCAACAACACAUUCGGAUUCAGGCAUCGAUCGGCGCGCGCGCGCACAAACUUCAACCAUCACCGUGUCAUCCGAGGACACCCCAAUCUUCCAAGAAAACGCAGGAGGGUUGCCGAUGGCGGAGGAUGCCGCCGCGGGGACCAGCGGCCGGCGCCGGCUGACGCGCGUCCGCACGCUCGGCCGCGGCGCGUCCGGCGCCGUGGUGUCGCUCUUCGCGGCCGGCGACGGCGACGAGCUGCUCGCGGUGAAGUCAGCCGCGGCCGCCUCCGGGGGCGCGGCGCAGCUGCGGCGGGAGGGUGGCAUCCUGGCCUCCCUCUGCUCGCCCUACGUGCUCCCCUGCCUCGGCUCCCGCGCCGCGGCCGGCGGGGAGUACCAGCUCUUCCUCGAGUUCGCGCCCGGCGGCUCCCUCGCCGACGAGGUGGAGCGGAACGGCGGCUGCCUCGAGGAAGGCGCCGUCCGCGCCUACGCGGCCGACGUGGCCAGGGGCCUCGCGUACCUCCACGGGGAGUCCAUGGUCCACGGCGACGUCAAGGGCCGGAACGUGGUGAUCGGCGCCGACGGCUGGGCCAAGCUCGCCGACUUCGGGUGCGCCCGGAGCGUCGGCUCGGCGGGGCCGAUCGGGGGCACGCCAGCGUUCAUGGCGCCCGAGGUGGCGCGCGGGGAGGAGCAGGGCCCGGCCGCCGACGUCUGGGCCCUGGGCUGCACCGUCAUCGAGAUGGCGACCGGCCGCGCCCCCUGGAGCCACAUGGACGACGUGGUCGCGGCGGUGCGCCUGAUCGGGUACACGGACGCCGUGCCGGAGGCGCCCGAGCGGCUGUCGUCGGAGGCCAAGGACUUCCUUGACAAGUGCUUCAGGCGGUGCGCCGGCGAGCGGUGGACGGCGGAGCAGCUGCUUGAGCACCCGUUCCUGGCGUUCGCCGGCUGCGGCGCCGACGUCGAGUCGGCGGAGCUGAAGGGCAAGUGGGUUUCCCCCAAGAGCACAUUGGACGCCGCAAUGUGGGAAUCCGACGCCGACGAGGACGAGAAGGUGCCCGAUGAUGACACGGCCAAGAGGAUGAAGGCAUUGGCAGCCUCCUACUCGGUCUUGCCGGACUGGGAAUCUGAGGACGGCUGGAUCGACGUAUUGAGCUGCCAAUCCGAGCUUCCCCAUUCCCCGGCGGCCGAGCCGUGCUGCAGUGAAGCUCCCGAUUCGCCGGCGACCGCGCCGGCUGAGCAGGCGAUGUCCAGCGGAUAUUUCUGGGACGACGAAAGAUUAGAAGCAGAAUUAGGAGUAGAAGAAGCCGGAGUCAUUGGUGCUGCCGUGCUGAUGGCCGCGGCGCCGCCCGACGAGACGGCGUACGAUUAUGUCGAAGGCUUCCGGGACGAAGGAUCGUCGGCAGUACUAGAAGCAGAGCUGGACGCCGAAGCUUUCGACGCCGGCGGCGGCGAGGUCGCCGCGCACAAUGUAGGAGUAGCCAAUCAAGUUCCAGUAGUGAAUCAGCAAGAUGUACAUUGGUGGGAUUGGAUCGCUUGCGAUCAGGCUGUAGUUAGUGUUGAUAGAUGUGACAAAGGAAUACUAGUAAACUCGUUGAUGAAGAUGCCGAAUUUCCUCUAUUCGUCCUUCGCUCUCCUCUACCAGACCUCGGCGUACACCACAGAAUCAGCCGAGCGUAUGAGCAGAACGUACGGCGAACUCCAGCAUGGGAUUGCACCUGCCGUGGAGCAACAGUUGGAGCGAAACCACCAAUGCGCUCUGCUCGUCGACCCACCGGAACGAACAAAGGGCAUGAAAACGACGGCGUCUCACAAUCUCAUCCGUUUCCAUUGCCGACAGCUCAGGAACCCAAUUCAACCACACCACAUCUACCCGAUGGAUCGUGCCGCACGCGUUCCUCAAACUGGAAGCAACAGCGAGCGAGAAAAGGGCCCCGUAAUCCCGUGGCGACCAUUGGCAAUUGCUGACAAAUGUGGCAAGCAGCAGAGGUACUACGUGUGCGAACCUCCGAUCGGCUCCAUUGCAGUGCGGAAACAGCUGGUGUGGCCAGCUUUUGCGAGCGUAUCGUCCAAGUGGCAGGCAGGGGCGACUGUGCAGUUGGGCAGCCGCACACGCCGGUCCGGCAGCUCCAGCUCCAGCUCCAGCCAGCCAAGGUUGUUGGCAGGAAAGCACCAUCGGUUGGGCAUACGGUGCAGUUGGUUAUUAUCCAUGACGCUCGUCCAAAUCCCCUCGGGUUACAGCGCCAAGGUAGAUGUGGGCGCCUGA